AUGACAAUCACUCCUGACACUACCUUUUGUCUUCCUCGUCUUGGUGCUGGAAGCGCAGGUCCUAUCUUGGUGGGCCAGAAGAUCUCCGUGAACCCUGACGCCGGCGCACACGAUAAGGGCGCUACUCGCGAAGCUUGGGGCCUAAAGACCGGUCUAUAUACACCUCGUCAGCUUGUCGAGGCGUUUGCACCUUUACUAGACACAGUUGUCUUCCGCUUGGGUCCGGAUCCCUCAAAUGCCAGACCAGCACGGGUGCAACUGCUCGACAAUCUCGCGGCCAAUCUUGACAUCACCACCCGCGAAGCCACUCUACGCCUCCCGGACAGUGGUCUUGAUGACUCCAAACGUGAGAUUGCCGAUCAGGCCCGGUGUAUUGGACAAACGCUGGUUGGAUAUGCGCGCAAUCACACCGGUGGAUCAUUCGAUCCUGACCUCUACCUCCGCAGUCCAUGUGAAGGCCAUUUGCUCAUCCCAUCUAAUGCUGAGCUCAUGUUCGGCCCUCGCACCCAGUCGCAUCUGAUGCAGCUAUUUAACGAGUAUAUGCACCAAAUGGUUCUUCUGCGUGAUGCUCUGCUGCCGUUUGCAAACUUUGAGGAUGUAGUUAUUCCGAUUGACGGUCAUGCUGCUCGAGGCCUUCGGCACAUGGAGCAAUCUCGUAUGGAGUUUCUCACACAACUUUUCACCAAGCAAAUUACUCAGUCGGCAAUGAUCAUGCAUGCUCAGGCACUUCUUGCUCCAGAGCUUCGAUCUUCAUCUAGUUUGACUUCGCAUGGGGCCCGCCCCGGCUACGGCUUCCAUGUCAUCUUUGACUAUCGAAUCCAGGACUAUUACCUGGCGCCGCGUGUCGAGAUCCCCGUCGGCACUGACAAGUCUUCGACGACGGAGUCGGACAAGUACCCGUUGGCUGGGGAUUUGAAUACAGCAGCCGCACUCGGCAUCCAUCCAAGCGCGAGCAUCGGAGUGUCCCCUCCACACUCAACCCGACCUCAUCAUCUUCUGUGGAGCUGCGUCUCCGUUGACCUGGGACAGGUUGCGCGUGGCCAUCGCUACGCCUACCAAGCACCCGUGGCCAGUGACUCCGAGACGACUCACAGUGAACGCGGCGCAACAACCAGCGUGCUUCACGACGCUACAUCCGUUCUCCUGGCGUCGAGUGAUCCAGAUAGCCUCGCGACGGCUAAGAAUGGUGGUCUUCAUGUGAUUCCAGUGUCAGAUCCAAUCGUUGCUUUGGCGCUUCUGGGGAAGAUCUACCCGGAGAACGUGGUCCUUUUACCGGCGUCGGAAAGCUUAGCAAAGGCCGAGAAAGCUGGAAAGGGAUUGGAGCCAAAGUUUGUUGUUUGGGGAGGCAUGGAGCAUGGCGGUUUACGGGGAAAGCUCUAA